CAAUUCCAUCCAGCCUAGUUCAUUUCAGUCAUCCGCUCAGUGCACACAGAGGACAGGGGGAGCAAUUCCAAAGCAGCGUAUUUGUCAAACUAUCCCCACAAAAAGCAAGGCCAAUACGUGAAAUAAGAAUAACCAUGGUAAAGUACACGCGACAGCACAGUGAGCUGAAACCCGAAGAGGUCCUGUCGGAGUCUGACGCGUCCAUGGACCAGCAGGAUUUCGGAGAGAUGUCCGACUAUUCUUUCAGCGACGUUUUAUACUCCAAAUGUUCAGCCAUGGACCAAAUCGGCACUUUUAUGAGGAACGUGCAAGUCCUGCUCGAUGCAGCCAGUUACAUUGAAAAUGUUGAGAGGAGCAACGGAAAAUGUGAGCAUGGAUACGCAUCAACAUACCCUGCAGUGCAGAUUGCACAUCAACAGAAACAGCGCAAAUUAAAGAACAGAAAAUUGGACAGUCUUCACAAUAGGUCGGCACACAAUGAACUGGAAAAGAACAGGCGAGCACAUCUCCGCUUGUGUUUGGAGAGGUUGAAGACGCUCAUCCCUCUGGGACCAGACUGCAGUCGGCACACCACACUGGGACUGCUCAACAAGGCCAAAGCACACAUCAAGAAACUUGAAGAGAUGGACCGGAAAAGUCAGCACCAACUGGAAACCUUAGAGCGGGAGCAGAGGCACCUGCAGAGGCAGCUGGCUUUGCUGCAGACUCACGGAGAGCGGGAGAGGGUUCGCACGGACAGCCUGGGCUCCCGGAUGGACUCCGAUCGCUCGGAGUCUGACAGAGAGGAAAUCGAAGUGGACGUGGAAAGCACUGAGUUCUCCCAUGGAGAAAUGGACAGCGUUAGCACCAGCGGUGCGAGCGACCUGGAUGACCACAGCAGCCGGCAGAGCCUAGCCAGUGACGAGGGCUACUCCACCUGCAGUCUAAAACUGGCCUUCUCUGCUUAAAGCAACGGGUCGACGCUCUCACUCCUGCUGCAGUCUUUUAUGGCUUUCACCUUUUAAAAUACCAGCCAAUAGCUCCGUUCUCCUUAACAGUUAAGGCCAAUAAAUUCAGAAGAACCAGCCUCCCACCAGACAAAAAUUCAAUCCGUGCAUCUACCCGACCCAAGAACCAGCCUUAAGUCCUGUCCAGACCAAAAGUUAAAAGGGUCUCCUUCCACGAAAGCCAACAAGCAUCCACGCGUCUCUGACAAGUUUUUUACAAUAACCUUUCAUCUUUGGCAAAAAUACAGUUCUUCGUUUUUCAAAGUUGGCUUGACCAAUCGCCCAAACGUCCCUUUACCUGUGACCAGCUCGGGUUGACCACGCCUGCUCUAAUUACCGAUCCUGUAAAGGACCCAUUGUCGCAGCAGUGUCAAACACUGAAAGACAUUUCUACAUUUAAUCAAGUAGAUGCUAAGAAACCAGCAAAACACGCACACGCCAACACACACACACACACACACACACAGAAAGAAAACAAAACAAAAACAAUACCAGCUUGAAUUUCACCAUUGGGAACAUUUGCUCCAUUUGCCUUGUAAAAAACAAUGCCCUUUUUCAUCGGAUAAUAUAUCCACACAGCACUUCUUGUCGAUGUACAAGCCGCCAAGGGCUAUAAUGUCUGCAUUCCAAACUGUAUUACACACUCAUACAUUUGCUUUAGGACCCACAACCGUUAGUGGUGCUCCUGUAGUUGUAAUGUCAAAACAGGUGGUGUAGACCACUUUUGCUCUUCUAAUUUAUUUAGCAUAUAAUUAUAUUUAUUUUUUUGUAUACUUUUAUUGUACUGUGGCUGCAUCUUGGUCACAUGAAUAUUGGGAGGGGGGGACGACUUUUUACAUGUCAACCAAAUUUACUUGAUAUAAAUCUCAAUGAACUCAUAUGGAGUGCUGUAUGUCUAAUCCAUUUUUGGAGAUUUGGUUGAAUGCUCUCAUACUGUGCAAAUCAAUUAGUUUAGACAGUCAAAGGCUUUCCCACUCUCGUCCAAGCACAAAGUUAAAGCAAUAAUGCCUGUCCACCAGAUUUAGUACUUUAUUUUGUCCAUCCAACUCGAAAUUCUAUGUGAAAUUGCUUUGGUAGUCGUCUCUGCUAUUUAUAACAAGCAGUGAAUGGAUUGUAAUUGACUUUAAAUGCUAUGGUGCAUGUGUAUUGAAUGUAGCCUUUAUAAUCAUACUUAACAUGCUUUGGAUCAGUGAGUCUAUUAAUAAUGUUGGUAGCAUGAACAGCAAAUUACACAAUAUGGUUUCAUUUUUAUACUUCAUUGUUUAAUACAGCAUUUUUUGUACUGAUGCAGAAAAAGAACAAGUUCUAAUUAUUUCAAUUAGGAGAUUCCUCACUUACAAUUCAAAGCAUAUAUGAAAUAGAGUUGCACUGAUGACCUGCUUAACUCUACAAAACCAAAUAAAUCAUGCCGGUAAGACCAUUUAUGUUCUUCAGUAGAUCACCACCAAAUUGUGUCUUAAUAUGGGGAUUAACUCUUGCACAAAGGUCCUUGUUAGAAGUCCUUAACCAACCCCCCUGAAAAUGCAUUUGGUUGACUAUAAAAUGCACAAUGAAAAAAAAAAGCGAAGGCGCAUCUCAGAAUGUUUUUCUUGUGCUUCUUCAGCCUUCCAAGGUGAUUUUUUGUGCAAAAUAUGUGCUGCUGGUCCCCCGCUAUAACUUUGUUACAGAUCCUGAAAACUAUUCCUGGAAUCUAAAUAAACUUCUACACAC